GCAGCAGCAGUCGCCGCCGCUGCUUCCGCGCACCACCUUGGCGCGGGAGGAGUGAACCAAGGAGCGCGCCUGCCUGCCUGCCUGCCUACCCUCUCUGCCGGAGCGGGAGCGCGGGCUGGGCUGGGGUUGCGAGAGCAGCAUCAGAAACCAGGAGCCAACCGUCGAAGCCUCCGCUGGCUGUGGCGGAGCAGCAGCAGACACCGAAAACAUUUGCCGCCGUAAAACCCUGGGAAUUACACCCUAAGAGCAGGACCCUCUGGAGGCCGCCAACAUUUAACCAGUUGGUUUCUUCUCUCCCCGCACCACCACCCACCCCCUGCCCGGUCCCGACCAUUUUCUUCUUCUCUUUGGUUAUUUUCCUCACUCCGGAUUCGCGGCUCUUUGCUGCUCAUUCAUCUCCCUGCUUGUUUUGGUUUCGACUAUUCUGCUCUGCUUCCAGCCACGUCUCGUGGCUUGCCAUACUGUACAGUCUUUGUGACAACGCAGCCUUGCUCCUUUCAGACCUCCCCCAACAACAACAACAACAACAACCUCUUGUUCAGCCAAGGCCUUUUUCUUCUCUACUAUGAGGAACAUAAAACAGACAUUCAGCACAAUACUGAUCUCUGAAAAAUGAUUUGAAGAGGUGGCGACCAAGCCUGAACAUAAGUAAUACUCCAACUUCACCUGACUAUUCAUUAGUUACAAGAAGGGAAACGUGUGAACAAUCACUUAGACGUUGCAUAGUCUGCUAGCAGGGAGAAGAAAAAGUGACUGAGAGAAGAAAAGUCAAGUUUCUUGCAGAGUUCCUACCUCCAGCAGAGGCAAGACCUGGAGGAAGAAGAAGAAGAAGAAGAGACGUGGUAGAAGUCUUCCUAUCUGCUAGCCAGGAGCUCCCUCCAAUUUAGAGCUGCAUGGGUUAAGUGAAGAAGAAAAAUCACUCUGAAUAGCGGUAUUCAACUACUGCAGAUAUUGGUCAAGAAUGAACACAAAGGAUCCCAAAGUGACAGAAGGGGGGCUUAACGUCACUCUCACCAUACGACUUCUUAUGCAUGGAAAGGAGGUCGGCAGCAUCAUUGGAAAGAAAGGUGAAACCGUUAAGAAGAUGAGGGAGGAGAGCGGUGCUCGAAUAAACAUCUCGGAAGGCUCCUGUCCGGAAAGAAUUGUAACAAUAACAGGCCCAACAGAUGCAAUUUUUAAGGCUUUUUCUAUGAUUGCACUAAAAUUUGAAGAAGAUAUCAAUGCUUCAAUGACAAAUAGCACGGUGACGAGCAAACCACCUGUAACACUGCGACUUGUGGUCCCAGCAAGCCAAUGUGGAUCCCUCAUAGGCAAAGGAGGAUCCAAAAUCAAAGAAAUCAGGGAGUCCACAGGGGCCCAAGUACAAGUUGCAGGGGACAUGUUACCAAACUCCACAGAACGUGCUGUAACUAUAUCGGGUACCCCUGAUGCCAUUAUUCAGUGUGUAAAGCAAAUCUGUGUGGUGAUGCUAGAGUCUCCACCCAAAGGUGCCACCAUUCCUUACCGCCCCAAACCUGCCUCUGCACCUAUAAUUUUUGCAGGUGGCCAGGUAAGAGCAGACACCAUCUUGGCUUCAGCUGGAAACCACACCGUCUUGGCCCAACCUCAGCCAGCGCCUGCAUUUACCAUUCAGGGGCAGUAUGCCAUCCCUCAUCCAGACUUGACCAAGCUUCACCAGUUGGCUAUGCAGCAUCCCCCCUUUACUCCCCUUGGGCAGACCACCCCUGGUUUCCCUGGAUUGGAUGCCAGUACACCAACCAGUUCCCAUGAGCUCACUAUUCCAAAUGAUUUAAUAGGUUGCAUUAUUGGCAGACAAGGCAGUAAGAUUAACGAAAUCAGGCAAAUGUCAGGAGCGCAGAUCAAGAUUGCAAAUGCUACAGAAGGUUCAGCAGAACGACAAGUAACAAUCACAGGAUCACCUGCAAAUAUCAGCCUAGCACAAUAUCUCAUUAAUGCAAGCUUAGAGAUGGCUAAAGUCAGCACCCAGACUGCUUCCGUCACGACCCCUGUUGACCUCAACAUGAACCUCUCUCAGUCUGCCACCCCUACCUCCACCCCCACCUCUGUGGCUGUCUUGGCGGCGGCAGCAGCUGCCUCCGUGGUUAACGUCAGUACCCCUCCCCCUUUACCAACCACCCACUAUGCUGUUCCUGUCUCCAGUCUGCUUGGCAUGAAAACUGUCCCACUCCUGGCACUAAAUGCCGCAGGGGCCACAGGGAAUUUAUCUGCUUAUACUGCCAAAAUUCCAUCAACGAGUGGGGUUAAGAAAUCUGACCGCCAGAAGUUUGCUCCAUAUUGAAAGAAUGAGACAAAAAAAAUGCAAGGUUUUUUUUCUCUCCAAAGCUCUACCAAGAUUCUACGAUAGAUUAAGGAAACAAUAUGGCAUCUUUUAAAAAUUUUCUGUUCAGUCGCUAGUGUUAAAUUGUUGCCGGUGCAAAUUGUCUUCCACUUUCCAUGACUAUUAAUGCACGUGCGCACAACUAGUUCCAACAGUCUCCUUGGGUUACUUUAAAUAUAGGAAAUAAAAACAGUAGUUAGCUAUCUUCCCAUAACCUCCUUUUAACUAAGUUUUUUUUUUUUUUUUAAGAAAUCAUUUAUUACCAAGAAACAAAUGCAGGAUAGAAAGCUAUCUUAUGCUAUCUUCUACAGAAGAUAACCCUUAAGCACCAUAACUGCUAGGGUGACUAAAGGUGGGACUCCUAUAUCUUUUAAUAUGUAUGAAGGAGAGGACAUUUGGGUAGGUGCAGCUUGUCAUGCCAGGAUGUGAGAAAUGACACUUGUUGACAUCCAUUUUAAUAGUUGUGCAAAAAAGCCAUUUCAGGGGCUUGUUUGCCUAAGCAUCUGCAUGCCCUGGAUCUUGUCAAAGUCUACUUCUUGUAUUCCUUCCAUGACUCUUAAUGCUAUCCUGCACAUUUGCACUUGUGCCACAAGUGUAGACAAUGCUUGAAAGAGAGGUGGAGGAAAAUUUUCUUUGCAACGUCACUGUGCAAAGUUACAUUUGCAUUGCAACAGAGCAGUCACGCAGCUGCACUAGAGCACUCUUGUGCAAUUUAAACAAUAGUGCACGUUUGCCCAUUAUUUCCAAGGGCCUUACUGUCAUGUAACUGUGUGCAGUUUUUGCAAUUAUACAAGAGUGCCCUUCUACAACUGCAUAAACUUACAUUAUUUAUUAUUAUUUAUUUAUUUAUUAGAGUUAUAUACUGCCCUUCCAAAAUGGCUCAGGGUGGUUCACAACAUGACACAAAUGUAACUGUGCACAGUGUGUCAGCCACUAUAAAUAGUAAAUUCUCUGCCAACUUACUUUGGAGUAAGUGAAGUUAGUGGGCCAACUAGAUGUCGAAUUGAGCUGCUAGUAACAGCUGACAUGAUGACCAUCCUGCAGCCUCUAUACCGGGCCACCCAGGUGCUGCUGCAAAUUUCAAAGGCAGCCUGCUUCAAAACCAUGUCAGGGCUGCCUGCGAAGUCUGCAGCAACCCUUGGGUGGCACAUUACAGAGGCAGUAGGUUGUCCAUCAGGUCAGCCAAUUAUCCCUUUUCUCCAAAGAAUUCUGAGACUUGUAGUUCUGUGAGGAGGGAUCUGGCAGAGGAUUUGCAGCUUCUUUACCAAAUUACAAUUUCCAGAAUUGUAGGGGAGAUACCAUGACAGUUAAAGCUCAUAAUCUGAAUAGGAUUAUGACCUCUUUAACCAACUCCUCAAUGUACAGUACUAGCAGAAGCCUCUGUUCCCUUCUCUUUACAGUGGCCUAUGACCAGUUGGGUCAUCUACUAUAAUGUCUUCACAUGCAAAGGCUACUAGGUGGUUACAUUUAAGAAGGGAUUUCAGAAACUCCAAUCUGGUAAAGCAAAAGAGAAUAGAUCUUCAGUAAUGUCAGGAACCUGCACUGUGAUCUACUCAUUUGUGACAAACUAAUAUUUAAAAAUAAAAUAAAAAAUCAGUUAUCAACCAGUAGCCUUUAAAAAUUAUUUUUGUGCACCAAUGAAAGCCAUAAGAAAACUGAAUGCAUCUUUUUUUCUAUGCUAUAUUUACAAGAGACUGCAGUUUACUCUUUUCUAUUUUCCUAAAUUAUGGUAAAUGGAUUGAAUGUUUAGGGAUUCCGUUAGCUGUGCACAGCUUCUGUACCAUCUUCAUUAUUCUGGCCACUCCACAGAGACUCCACACCUAUGUGCUGUUCAGGAAUCCCACACUAAUGUCACAGCAAUGAAUGGUGUGGAGACUCUGCAUUUGGUGAAGUCCUGCCUUUCUCUUUAGGUUCCCCAUUCCACGUACUUCUGCUUUGGCCUGCAUAGUUAAAACAGUUGUGCCUCUUUCUAAUUACACCUACAAGUCAAAGGUGUAACUACUCAGGUUUUUGUGUGUUUAUAUAACGUAACAACAGAUGGAAUUAGUUAGCAUGAGCAUCAGUAUCACUGAAAACCCCCUCUAUCUAAUUACACCUACAAAUCACAGGUGUAGCUACUCAGGUUUGUGAGAGAUUAUAUAACAUAAUUACAUAAGGAAUUAGUGAGCAUCAGUGUUCACAGGGAUGCCUUGCCCGUGUUCUAAGAUGCACACGUGGAUCAAGCAGGGUAUCAAUGAGACCCAAUAGGCACGACUGUGUUCCGAGUGUGCACCCAAGAACAUCCUGCCCCCCUCCCCUGUAAUCUCCAGAGGUCUCUGCAGCGCAGGGGUUUCUUUGGAAAUAAGCUAACAUAGAAAGGGUUCCUGGAAACUGUGAAAAACCACUGGUCAAAUUCAUUCUCAAUGCUAAAAAUUCAGUAGUUCUAGGGAGCAGGCUUACUCCCUUUAAAAGAUGCUGUGCAAACUAUAGUCGCAAAAUGUGUCAUCAGAAAAAUGUCCACAGAAGAUAAGUCACCUCAUUUGCUAUUUUGUAUCCAGAUAUUAGUUGUGGGCUUUGUUUUGAUACAACAAAUGAAUGGUGGGAGGGGAGCAGGAAGUUUAUUUUUGAAUGGAAUUGUAAUUCCAAAACCUGGCAUAUAUAGUAGCUGGUUGCUAGCUGUUGGAACUAGUUUCUUGGGGUUUUAUUUUUAAGUCACGCUUUCAGUUUGUCCAUUCACUUCAUUUUUUACAAGUUUAUGUUGCUUUAACACUGGCUCCAUAAUGCAAUAUUGUUUUCACUUUUGAAUUCAUUAGCCUGCCAUAUUCACCCACUUUUGCACUCCUUGGACACAAAGCUUUAAUGAGGAAUUGAACAGAAUGCAAAUGCAAUACUUUUUAAAAACCUAGUAUUUAAAAGUGUGUUUAAUUGUAUAGGGCUAAGCACUAUUUCAGCAUCUUGUGUCAUUUCUGUAUUCUGUAGCUUUUCUCUCUUUCCACUUUAGUAACUUGCACUAAGUUUUGUCACUGUAACCAACUGUAGAACUGCCAUUACUACAAACAAUUUGCACUUAACCAAAUGAUCUCCUUGUUUGUAUAUACUGAAAGGGGGAAAACUGGAAAUACUGUCAAGGUACCUCAGCUAUUCAGCUCCUCUAGAAACCUGCUAUAAAAUUACUCAGAACUACUGUAACUGUUUAUAUAAUUGAAGGAAGCAAAAUGUGAGGAAAAUUUGCUUGAACUGAAAUACUGUUCUGUGCUGGUUGUACUUAAGUGUUAUUCUUUAAUAGUGAGGUGGUUUUUCCCCCCCUUUGCUUUUUAUUUAUUUUUUUUGUCCCCAAUUUUUAUUCCUGCAUUUCAGGCUCUCUUCAGAAGUAACUGGCCUGGGGGCUCUGUAAUGUGUCCCAGCAUGCUCUAGGGCACAAGCUGCCUGACAGGACUUUUCCAAAGCCCCAUGAGACAAUGCUUUCUAUGGACUAAUCGACAGAGGAAAUAGCUGCCAUUUCUAACUUUAUUCUUAUUGUGAGAUCUCAAAAUAAAUCCGUUUACUCUUUAAGCAACUGUGCUUCCUAACUCCUGUGUUGCUUCCAUUACUGUCCUGGUUUUAACCAUUUUGAAGUAUACAAAGGAUUUUUUAAAAACUUUUUUUUUUUGCAGAUGUUCAUGCUCUGGCUAGUCUGUAUGAAGCAUGGGCUGUUGGUGUUUUAAAUCAUUGUAUUUCCAGUAUAGACUGGCAAACUAAAUAAGCUGUUUUUAUAAAUAAAAAAUAUUGACUUAAAAAACCAAAUCAUAGAUUUGUGCAUACAUUCAACUGUUGUGAUUUUAACCUUGUGUGUAACCAAGAUGUUGAACUGUCACAUCAAACAGUAUGUUUGUGACUUGUCACCAAUAAGUUCAGACAUAUGGGUUUGUUAUGAAUUAAAAGUUUGACGCAAUUACAA